CUGCUCUGGAGAAGGAGGGAAUGGAAGAGUGACUCAUGGAUUCCUCCCGGGGCUGGCUCCUCCCCCUCCAGCCCCUGCCCAGCCCCUCCACAUGGGCUACCUCUCCAGGCUCCCGUUGCUGAGGGGGUGGAGUUGCUGGCCAGGGCUGUUCCUCCCUGCCUUCCUUCCCCCUGGCUCUGUACUGCACCUGGUUAGAGCAGAAUUGUGUCCAGACUGCAUAUGGGGUAUGGAGGAAGAAGAGGAGGAGAAGCAGCAGCAACAGCAGCGCAUCUCCACGAGCUACCCUGCCAUCCAGCGUGUCAGCAUUGCGGUGGAUGAGACUAACGUCCUGCCGGGGGCUCUGCAGCUCAUCCGAAAGCUGAGACCACAAUGGGAGACCGAGCGAGUUAAAACCAAGCUCUUCACUGAUGGCAUCACCAACAAACUCAUGGCUUGCUUCACGGAUGAGAACAUGAGGGAUGCAGUCCUGGUGCGGGUCUAUGGCAGGAAAACGGAACUGAUUGUGGACCGAGCAAAUGAGCUGAGGAAUUUCCAAGUGCUCCAAGACCACGGUUGUGCCCCUAAUCUCUACUUUACCUUCGAGAAUGGCUAUUGCUAUGAGUUCAUGCAGGGGAAGGCUCUGGGACCAGAACAUGUGCGACAGCCACAGAUAUUCAGGUUAGUAGCCCAGGAAAUGGCAAAAAUGCACAUAAUUCACACCAAUGGGAGUCUUCCUAAGCCGUGCCUGUGGCAUAGACUGCGCAAGUACUUUAACGUUGUGAAAACGGAGUUUGUCAGAAAGGCAUCACAGUCCAGCCUCUGUCCCGAAGUGCACAUUCCCAGCCUAGAGGUACUAGAAGAAGAGAUUUGCUGGAUGAAGGAACACCUCUCCCAUCUUGGAUCUCCAACAGUCUUCUGCCACAAUGACCUUUUGAGCAAGAACAUCAUCUACAAUGAGGCAGAAGGUCAUGUCCGGUUCAUAGAUUAUGAAUACACUGGUUACAACUAUCAAGCGUUUGACAUUGGGAAUCAUUUUAAUGAAUUUGCAGGACUGAAUGAGGUGGAUUACAACCUGUAUCCCUGCAGAGAGACCCAGUUGCAGUGGCUGAGUUACUACCUGCAGGCCUACAAGAAACUAAGUCAGCAGGACCAGUGUGGUGGAAGCAAAAGCAGAGGAGAAAGUGGACAUGUCUCUGAAGAAGAACUGGAGACCCUCUAUGUGCAAGUGAACCAGUUUGCUUUAGCCUCCCAUUUCCUGUGGGCUUGCUGGGGCCUGAUCCAAGCCCAGUUCUCUACGAUAGACUUUAAUUUUGCCAGGUACGCAGACAUAAGAUUUAAACAGUACUUUAAAGCAAAACCUGUGGUGACAGCCCUCAAAACGUCAAAGUGAAGUUCAAGUCCAAAGAGUCUUCUGGUUCACAAUAUUCCAUACUUAUUUUCUCUGGUCUAAAGCACCUGCUUCCCUGACCUCUGAGAUCAAUCUCUCUUGCAGUUGCUUGAAAGGUGAGAGGUCAGACACCGUGAAACAAGAAUGGAAAAGGAAAGCAUACCUUCUAUGAAGCCAAAAAUUAAACCGAGUCCCUGGAACCUGGCUAUGCCACCCAUGGAUUACCUGCCAAAUGUUGUUGCUUUCAGAAGGUGAUGUUAGGACACGGCUGCUGCCCAGAGAUUUCAUUCACAGACUGUGGGGUAUUAAGGAAUGCUUCAAGUGCUUGUAGGCUUAAAGGGUGGGUGACAAGGGGAGGCUGGCUUAAAGUUUUGUGUGGCCUUAAGGGUCGAGCUGAAUGGAAUCUUCUCUGUUCCCUGGUUGUGGGGAAAAUGGAUCAAUAUAGGUUUUAGUAGCCAUAGCAUUCUGCUCUUUUGGACCUGGGCUAAACAGAACUGAUAGGAACCUUGCAUCCCUUUCUGACUUACUCCAUUGCCCACACACACACACGAAGGAUUUUUCUUCUUUCUUAUGAUAUAGCCAGACAAGAGAUUUUGGAACAAAUCCUGCAAGGCCCAUCAAUGGUUCUUUUAAAGGUGCAGAGAGAUAGGCAGCAGGAAAGCCCCAAAUCUUAAAGAGAUAUUUGGAAUUUGGUCAAGUUGCGAACCACUGAAACAGUUUCCUGCCCCAUUAAAUGGUGAAGGGUUGUCUGUACUGCAUAUUUACUAUAGCGUAGUGGUACUUCCGCAUGUAUACAGUAAAUGCCUGAGAAUCCAUGCAGGGACCAUAUGUGUGCAUACAGUUCAAGCUGCAUCAUUUUGAGAAGAGCAGGUGUUGCUGGCCAAAGCCUAAUGAGGGAAUAAACCCAUACAAAGAGAGGUGUUCAUUAGCAAAAUGGGUGUUUCACGUUUACCCAGUACUGGUUACCACUUGUGGGACAAGUUCACAUGUCCCUUGCCUUGUGCAGGUGCCUGUUUCACUUGGCACACCGCUGGGUUAUAUUACCAGUUAGCCUAUAUUUUCCUGAAGUACAAUUGCUCAGAUUGCCCCAAAUCUGCUGCACAAGUCUGUGCUCUUGUGCUGCUUCAGUAUUUUGAGCAUGAAAAAUAAUACAUUCGUCCCUGAAACUAGAGCACAUUUCGAAAAGGCAAUUUAUAAGGAUAGCCAGUAAAGCUUAGGGGCCAAUCAACAUUUCACAUCUAGCAGUGACUAGAAGGGGAGAUGGCCACAAUGGCAGAGCAAGCCCAGCAGAGCGGUAAACGGCAGCGUAGACAUGUUCAGAGAGAACCACACACACACACACGCACACCCUUCUCCUGUCCCUCCUCUAAACCCCUCAGCAUCUACCCUUACCUUGUACGCACAUGUACCUUUCUGUCCUUAGACUAUGAAAAAGCUGGAACCAACUUGAAUCAUUCCUUAGGAACCAUGAACAGCUCGUGCAGUGCUUUGCCUCAUAAGGAGACCAUUGGGUUUCUCUGGAAAGAGGACCAGCCUAUGCAUACUACCUACAGGUUCCUUAGUCAGAAUAAGGAAAGCACUUGACUUCUCACAAAUCUGAGCCAGCCUUCAGCUCUUACUUUCCUUACAGAUGGAGGAAAAUGGGAUGGGAGAGGGAACUGGAGUGCCCAGCCUUUGAGUCCAUAUAUGGCUGAGAUCAUGCAGCAAGAAUUUACUAAAUACCAUUUUACUACCUGUGUAUAUAUAUUUUUCCCCCAUGAGCUUUUAUUUUGCUUAUGAAUAGACUGAAGAGCACACGAUCCCUUGCACCCCCA